AUUUACAAACUGCUUCAUACUCACAGCUUAAGCGUGAUCUUGAAGAAAUUGAAGGUUAUUCUAAUGAAUUUGCUGCGGAUAUAUUUCAGAGGAAAGCUACUGAACUUAUGGAGAAAAUUAAUAAGAUUUCGGAUAACUCAAUUGAUUAUUCAAAUCCAGAAAAAAUCUCAGAACUACCAUUUCCAUUUCUUGGAACUAAGAAACCAACAGAUCGUUUUAAUACUUACAAUAACUACUAUUUCAAAUAUAUUGGUAGGGAAAAGUUUGAAAAGAUUCUAGAAGAUAUUAACAAAAUGAAAGCAGGUAUUACAAACAUGAGUUAUUACAUUUAUGGUACUAUGGGUUAUGGAAAAUCACAUAUCCUUGCUGCAAUGACAUGCUAUCUUCUUCGUACUGGAAGGUGUGUAGUGUAUCUUCCAGAUUUCCAUGUCUUUGCCAAUGAUCCAUUAAACUACAUCAAAUCAGCUCUGUUUCUAACAUUUGCUUAUAAAGAAGAUGAAUUUAAGGCCAUUUUAAAUUGUGAAAAAAUUGAGGAUAUUGUUAGAUUCUGCCAUUCAUUAGGAAUAUGUAACCGCAGAUUAUAUUUUAUUAUAGAUCAACUCAAUGCUUUAGAUUAUGAUGAAGGUACCAAUGCUGCAUUCAGCAAUGAUGUUCCAAUAUGUAAAAAAGAGAUUAUGUAUGAUCUGAUUACUAAAAUGACUAGUGAACAUUAUAUAAUCAAAAGUGCAUCAGCAAAUAACAAAUCAGCAUUAUACUUACAAAGAAAGCAAUUAAAUGAAGAUAAAAUAGUAGUGAUUGGAGGGUAUACUAAGAAUGAGAUGAAGGGAUGGUGGAAUUUGCACAAUAAUAUUUUAUCAGAAAUGGACACUUUAGAAAGAAACCAAGUUGAAGAAGCAACUGGUAAAAUUCCACUUCUUUUAAAUGCCUUUCUAUCAUUUGGUAAUAAGCCUUUCCAAAGAGCAUGGGAAGAUUUUCACUUAUCAAAUGUAGUUAGAGAUAUAUGUGAGGACUUAACAUCUUUUACAGAAAGAAAGAAAGAGGAAGGUGAAAUUGUUUGGAACAAUUAUCUUGAUUUGAUGUCUAAGUUUGUAUCACAAGGAUAUCUUUUAAGUUGUGCUGAACAUAAUUAUGAUCAUCGUUAUUUCUAUCGAGAGCAGGGCUACUGCAAGUAUGUCUGUGGACUAGCACGGGAUUACAUGGCACAAAUUCUUCAUGAAAAUGAGAAACUAUCAUUCUUUUUAGAAAAUAGUUGGCAAUAUGGUAUUAAAAUGUUCCAAAACAGUCCCUCAGUAAAAGGUUUUUAUGUAGAAAAAGUAUGUCUUGUUAGUAUUCAAAAAGAAGGAUUGAUGGCUGGGUCAGAAAAUUAUAAACCUCUCAAAACAGUUUUUCUUGGAAAUGAUUUGGUAUUGGAUACAUCUCAUUUGUGUGUAUUAUACAUACCCUCAAUUUGGAUUUUUUCAGCUAUUGAUGGAUUAAUUGUAAAGAUUGAACAUGAAAAGGAGACAGCACAUGUUCUACCAAUUCAAAUAACUGUAAAUAAUCAUCAUUCUAAGUCAGAUGAUAAAUUCUUCACUGAUAUAUGGAGUUCUUUAAAAUCACAGCUUAAUGAUUACACAAUAUUUAUCAAAUUCAUAUGGAUAACUCUUAGAAAUAAAGAACCAGAAUUAAUACAAUGUUGUAAAAGGCAAUCCAGAAGUGGAGAACAAGAGAUCAAUCCUGAAUAUACUAGAUUCUGGAUUAAUGUUAAAACUAUGAACAAUGACAUCAUGCGUUACUUGAGAUGA